AUGGCUCUGUCCUCUACCAUCUCAAAGCAUACGCAACCUGACUCUGAGAAAUGCUUACGGGACAUCCCAACGCACACGCUCAAGCGCCUCACCCCAAAGUCUAGAGCAUGCGUCGAGCGUCUGAGAACAUGUCAAUUGGAUAGACCUGACCUCUCUCGACAACCAACCUCCAAACUCGCAGCUGUGCUUGUUCUGCUCUACGAGCAAGCUGGAGAGCUAAGGGUGUUAUUGACAACUCGGUCCAAGUCAUUGCGUGCCCAUCCAGGACAGACAGCGCUACCUGGCGGGAAAGCAGAUGAGGGAGAUGAGAGUUUAGUCUGGACUGCUCUCCGCGAAGCAAACGAAGAAGUCGGUCUUCCCCUCCCGCCCAAAUCUUCAAACAUACACUUUAUCACGACGCUCCCGCCUUUUCUCUCUGCAUCACAGUUGUUGGUGACACCCGUAGUGGCGCUUUUAUCUUCCCAUUCUUCGCCGCUCCCACCUGUCCCUUCGUCAUCCUCAUCCUCGGUCUCGGAUAGCUCCUCGAAUGCAACCACACUACCCAAUUCUUCUUCCCACCCAAUCCUCAAAUCCCUAACUCCCUCUCUCACAGAAGUCGACCGGAUAUUUGAUCAUCCACUGGAAGCAAUGUUGGACCCUCGUCUCUUGUUGAGCAAGGGGGAGACGCUAGUGGAUGUGGGAGAGGACUGGCCAUAUAGCGAUGGGGAGGUGUAUAACCCGUCUGACGUCCGCCUCGACGCAUUUGACGGACUCGUAUAUAGGAUGCACCGGUUCAGAACAUGCGCGUCUCCUAUCAAGGGGCUGACUGCUGAUAUUCUGAUCUCCGUCGCUGAACUUGCAUACGGGCACAAGCCUGUCUAUGGACGAUACCCAUCCGACUCUGGUUCAUCGUCUGAAGACGCGGACUCGGAAGGGGAGACAUAUCGGGCAGUGGUGAGAAGGCGCAUGGAAGAGAACGAGAGGGCUUUCGCGGCUCUUGAGGAAGGCGGGAAGAUGAUAUUGGCUGGCAAGGCGGAUGGGGGCGUUGGGGCUAAUGGGAGUACAUUUCUUGUCUCCGUCUCAGACUGA